AUGCAGCAGCAGCAGCAGCAGCAGCAGCAGCAGCAGCAGAGACAGAUUGCGCGAGGAGAUGCAGCAGCAGCAGCAGCAGCAGCAGCAGCAGCAGCAGAGACAGAUUGCGCGUGGAGCGGCAUCGGUGUCUUGGGCUGGGGAUGCGACCCCGAGGCUUCUCUUGAGGAAAGCGAGGGGCCCUGGGGCCCCUGGAGCGGCUGCACCUUUGCAUGCGUUCAGCAGCAGCAGCAGCAGCAGCAGCAGCAGCAGCAGCAGCAGCAGAGGAGCAGAGGAGUUUUGCUGCCGCCAAUACAUGGGGGCCGCCCCUGCGUGCUGCAGCAGCAACGCAGCUGCAGCGAAGACGAAACAAUUCGAGCUGAAGAAUGCCCUGUGGGGUGUCAGCUGAGUGAGUGGAGCGAGUGGACGGGCUGCAGCAGCCCCUGCGACUUGCUGCAGCAGCAGCAGCAGCAGCAGCAGCAGCGGCACCGCCAUAUACUGCAGCAGCCAAGGAGGGGGGGGGCCCCCUGUGUCUUGUUUAGUGAAUGGUCGGCCUGCAGCGCGAGCUGCGGGGGAGGCUUUAGGCAGCGGCAGCGGCUGCUACCGCAGCAGCAGCAGCAGCAGCAGCAGCAGUUGCUGCUGCAGCAGCAGCCAUUUCUGCAGCAGCAGCUGAUGCAGCAGCAGCUGCUGCCACUGCAGCAGCAGCAACUGCUUCCACUGCAGCAGCAGCAACUGCUGCCGCUGCAGCCAACUCAGCAGCAGCAGCUUAUGCUGCAGCAACAACUGAUGCAGCAGCAGCAGCAGCAGCUAUUGCAGCAGCAGCAGCAGCAGCAGCAGCAGCAACUUGGUGUUAUGUGGGGUUUGCCAGACACCCAAAUCGAAAGCUGUAACGAAGAAUCAUGCGGAGCAACGGAGUGUAUGUACAGCGCGUGGGGCCCCUGGGGGCCCUGCAGGGGCCCCUGCGGCAUGGAGACGCAGCAGCGGCGGCGGCUGCUGCUGCAGCAGCCGCAGGGGCAGCUGUGUCUUGAGCUGCUGCAGCAGACAGCUGCAUGCACUGACAAUAUUAAUUGCUCAGCAGGAACAGCAGCAGCAGCAGCAGCAGCAGCAGCAGGUCAGCUGCUGCGUGGUUAUAAAGAAAAAGAAGAAGAGAAGGAAUCGAAGGCGGCGCUGCUGCGGGGGGUUUUGCUCGGCAUGUUUGUUGCUGCUGUUGUUAUUUCUCUCUUUUUUAUCUUAAAACAAAAAGAGCUGCGUGCGCGUGCGGUGUUGUCUCGGGUUGAGGACUGGGCAGCAGCAGGGGGUGGGCGUUGCAGCAGCAGCAACAGCAGCAGGAGCAGCAGAAUGCACAGCAGCAACAGCAGCAACAGCAGCAACAGCAGCAGCAACAGCAGCAACAGCAGCAACAGCAGCAGCCCUGAAUCCUUGAAAGAGAUGCAGCAGCAGCAACAGCAGCAGCAGCAGCAGCAGCAGCAACAGCAGCAGCAGCAGCAGAAAACGCAGCAGCAGCAGCAAGAGCAGCAGCAGUGCAUUAGGCACUUCCUGCAGCGACUGCAGCAGCAACAGCAGCAGCAGCAGCAGCAGCAGCAACAGCAACAGCAGCAGCAGCAUUUAGAACAGAAGCAGUGA